UAUUGCAUCGAGUGAAGUUGGUCGUGGCGUCUUAUACGUUGAUAUUCCUUCUCGUUUUGAUGAUUUUGGCAAGGAAUUUGGGAAAGCUCUUAACUUUGCGUUUGAGAAGCGGAUUUCUUUUACACAACAAUUGAUUCUAAUAGAGCCGUUGUGGUGGAGAGCUCUGGAAGCCUUUAAACGUGGUGCUAAAGCAUAUAAAGCCAAAUUUAUUAAACCUGCGUUUAUUAUUUAUGAUAAUACGAUGCCAAAAAAAAAUGCUGAUGAUAAUAUAUAUAUUGCGGUGUUUAUUAGCAGUGAAGGCGUAGUUCCGAGAAGAAUGGAAUCUCGUAGUGCCUGGUCACGAGCAAAGCUAACAAUAGAAAUUGGUGACCUUAGCAAGGAAGAAUCAAUGAAAUACCUGACCGAGAAGCUUAAGAUUACUGAAGAAGCUGAAAAAUUAUACGAAUUGGUCGGUGGUCGUAUUUUGGAAUUGAAAGGUGUCACAGAUCAACUUUCGUCAGGAAUCCAUUGA